AUGCCGCCAACUCUCGUACUCAUCCGCCACGCGGAAGCCCUUCACAAUGUUGACAAUAACAUCCCAGACCCUGAACUUUCUGAGCUUGGGCGGCGGCAAUGCGGGGAUCUUAGGGAGAACAUCAUGGCCAGGAUCCCCAACGAGCUCGACGUCGGCCUCAUCGUUGUGAGCCCCAUGAGGAGGACCAUUGAAACGGCCAUGCUGGUGUUUCACGACCUCAUUGAGAAGGGUAUGCCGAUACAGGCGCAUGCUAGCUGGCAAGAGAACUCGGCGCAACCGUGCGAUACAGGAUCGCCCAUCCCGCAACUCGUUGCCGAGCUCCCGCUCGUCGACUUCUCGCAUGUCGACCCGGUGUUUCCCGACAAGACAUCCCCAGCGGGCGCAACGUACAGGCACACUCGGCAGGGGAUUGUGGCGCGGGGCCAGGCUGCGCUGCGCGACCUGUACAGCCGACCAGAGAAGGUUAUUGUUGUCGUCUCGCACUCGGGGUUUCUCCGAGUGGGCGUCACUGGCUGCUGGUUCUUCAACGCCGACUAUCGCGUUUUUGACUUUGAGGAGAGGGAGGACGCGUCUUCGCCGUACCGACUACGGCGGUGGAACUUGACUGCUGCUGGCGGGAUGGGACUGUCGUGGGAGCACAUGGUUCCGUUGGGUGACGGUUUGCCCGACGACGAAGGGACAGAGCAUGAUGGGAACGCAAAGGUGGAUGAAUAG